AUGAAUCAUUUUUACUCAAAAGACUUGUUACAUAAAUUUCCCCAGGCUAAAGUGUUCCAUUAUGGAUCGAUAAGCUUGAUCGAGGAGCCAUGCAGGCCAGCACAUUUGAAAGCAAUGCAGGCGGCCAAGGAUGCCGGGGCAUUGCUCUCUUACGACCCCAACCUCCGGCUGCCACUGUGGCCCUCAGCUGACGAGGCCCGAAAGCAGAUCAUGAGCAUAUGGGACAAGGCAGAUGUGAUCAAGAUCAGUGAUGUUGAACUUGAGUUUCUCACAUGGAAUAACAAGAUUGAUGAUGCAUUGAUGCUUCUGCAAUGUCCCUAUGGCACGACAAAUUGA